AUGGCAUGGAAUCUCGCGGGUAAACACGCAAGAUGGAGCGACCGAAUCCGCACCCUUACCCGAGAGUCUCUUGCCAUCACGUUGGAUCGUCAUAAAAGAGAGAUCAUGCGGCCCAUUCGCGGUGAGUCGGACUGGCGAGAGGAUAGGGAUGGCAGAAAACAUCAUCCCAACGACGUCAAAGCUCUCAACGAACGCGAUCGCAUUCUUACCCAGUACAUCUCGAUCCACGCCCGCCAUGGUGAUUUUCUCGACAAUUGUGAAGCCCGCAAACAACAGGGUAAAGCCUGUUAUCCACCCUUAUCCACAUUCGAACAGCUUAUCGAGGAAAUGGAAGAUGAGCUUCGUAACCAGGGAAAGCUCUCGUGGUCUGAGGGACGACUACCCGUAAUUGUGACGAGCGAUGAAAUAAAUGAAGAAUGGUGGACGGAAGUUGAGCGCUACGGCUGGAAGCGCGUCAAAUACCCUCCGAGCCUCGACCUCCCUCCAGGGUUCGUGCACGUCGAGGGAAGGGAGGAAGAAGGGAUAGCGAAAGAGACAUAUGAUAAGAUGUGGGAGCGGAUGCUUGUCGAGAUUGCUAUACAAGGAUAUGGUACUGGGUUUAUUGGUACCGAGGGCAGCACGAUGAGCCUGAUGGCACAAAGGCGUGUCGAGCAUUGGCAAGGGCUGCUAGGGCAUGGAAUGUGGUGA